CCGCUAAAAUCGCCCGUCCCACGGAACCCUACCAGUCGCUCGCUGUCUCCCCCGGCAUCGAGCACCGCCGCCGCCGGUCCCGACCCCAGCUCCGCGAUGUCCGCCCUGACCCCAUCGAUCCUCCCCCGCGCCGCCUGUCCCGACCCCGUCUUCCCCGCAGCAAUGGCCGGUGGCUUGCUGGCGGCGGCGACCCCGGCGGAACCUGAGUCCACCACAACCACCACCAUUUCCUCCCUCGGCAAAGACCUGCUCCUCGACAUCUUCCUCCGCCUGCCGAACCUGCCGGCCCUCGUCCGCGCCGCGCUCGCCUGCCGCACCUGGCUCGGCGCCGUCCGGUCCUCCCCGUCCUUCCGCCGCCUCUUCCGCGCGCUCCACCCGGCGCCCCUCCUCGGGAUCUUCCUCGAGACCGACGGCAUCUGCAUCCCCACCUUCGUCCCCGUGCGCCGCUUCGACCCCGACGUCGCCGUCUCCCUCCGCCGCGGCGACUUCUUCCUCACCUCCCUCCCCGCGGAGGGCGACGCGUCCCGCGGCUGGCUCCUCGACGACUGCCGCGGCGGGCGCGCCCUCCUCUGGAAUGCGCUCCAUGGUUCGCUCGCCGCUCUCAACCCGAUGACCUGGGCCGUCGACUCCCUCCCGAUGCCCCCCGUCGACUUCAUGGCGGAGACCCGCAACUUCCUUGGUUUUCACCUCCUCUACUCCGACGAGAAGCCCUCCUCGUUUCGCGUGGUCUGCAUCUGCGCUGACGCGUCCAGGGUUCGUGCCGCCGUCUUCUCGUCCGAAACGUGGGAUUGGGCCAUCAACCCGUGGGUGGAAAUCGGUGGAAACAACAGCCUAAAGUGCAAGACUAGCACACUGGUGGGUGAUUCUGUUUACUGGCCUUGCCACGGCGAAGCACACAUGAUAAGGAUCGACGCCACGACCAUGGAUGUCACCACUGUGGAUCUACCCUCUCAAGCGAAGGUGGAGUGGCACAAUUGCAAGGCCGGGGAGACCAAGGAUGGUGGACUCUGUAUUGCUCAUGUAUCUGCUGAUUUCCUCCUCCAGGUUUGGACCCAUAGCGUGGAUGGUGAUGGGAUUCUGAGCUGGAUACCGCACAAGGCAAUCUCUUUGGGUGCUCAAGUCGAUCGCAUUACUGAGGGCUUUCAGGGAGACCUCAAGGUUGUGCAAGUUAGGGAUGGAACCGCUUACUUAUCAAGAACAAUGAUGACCCCUUCUGGCUUACUCUGCUGCUGGUUUUUCUCCCUUUGCUUGGAGACUAUGGAGCUUGACUUGCUGAUUCAGGGGAGGUAUGAUGGUCGUGGCUAUCCAUACAUUAUGGCAUGGCCUCCUUCUUUAGUUGGUGAUGAAGCACCUGAACUUGAAGGUUCGGAGUGAAGUGUAUGCAGUUGGUUGCCGUCGCGUAUGAAGAAAUGGUUGACAAUUCGUGGGUAUGAUGAAUGAACUGUUAUCAAAUGUACUUUGGAGUCGCAUAAAACUAUCUAGCUGGCUUUGAAAAUUUGAGACAACAUUUCUUCUAUCUUCAUUCAGUGUAAUGGUUAUUCACAUAGAGAUGUUUGGAUGCAUUGAAAUUAUUGGCACGAUGCUGGAACUAAUUAGUUAUGCAAGUUUGGGUUUUCAUCUGCUGCA